AUGACUAUUACCAUUCAAAACAUCACAGCCACCUCUGCCAUCGUCAGCUGGCCGUCAUCCCCAGGCUGCGUGGACACAUUCUACAGCGUCAUGUAUCACCCUAACUGGAACAGCCUGCUGAUGGGUUACACACGCAAGAGCUUCCUGCAGGAGGACAGAGUUCCUGUGAGCCAAACAUCCACCAGUCUGGGCCGCCUCAGUCCACAGACCACUUACAUCCUCUGUGUCACCUGCCAGUCCGCCAAUCCCACCAGAGAGCAGUGCCAGGUCUUCAGUACUCUAAACGAGGGCACUGAACUUGGUGAGAGUGGCCGGGAUCUGGCAAUGGGAGUCUGGCUGGCCAGCAGCAUCCUGUUGCUGAUCAUUGCUUUGGCUCUGCUUUGGGGAUGUCUCCACACCAUGUGUCCAGCAAAAAGGGACCCAGAAAGAGGCAACCAGUCAGGUCCGAACCCUCCACACCUGGCUCUGACCCCCAUGGUUGGGAACAUGGGCAGCGAAGGAAGAAAAAGUCUGUACAUGCCCGGUUGUGGUGGGGUAGACUCUCCGAACGCAACAGUGAUUGAGAAUGUUUAUAGAGACGAGCACGGCAGAGAAAUGGCAAAGGGGCAGAGUUGUGAACUACAAACACUCAGUAAUAAACCUAGAUAUGCCCCCGGGUCAGAAUAACGGACACACCAGAUUGUUACCUUGAUACACUGACCUCGAAAACUCAAACUAUUCGAACUUACACAAUGAGGACAUUCACAGGGAUGAAACCAUUUUGAGGAAAUUAGACUUGGGACUUUUGAGCUGGGCUUAUGGGGUUAAAUUAGCAUUAAAAUGUCAGAUGAAAACAUUAACUUCUUAAAAAAGGAAACUGAAGGAGGGCUUAUAAUACAAUUGUACAAACUGACGUGUUAUGUAUUUUUUUGUUUGUAUUUGUUAGCAUGAAUUAAUGAAUUUGGUAUCAAAAUUAAUCUAGGUUUACAUUAUUUAAAACAUUUUUAUUCAUUUAUAAAAAAUACCCACCCCCACACACUAUUUUUUAUAGUUUAAAUAAUCAAUUAUUACAAUAAUAAUCCUUAUUUGAAAAUGAUAAUUUUUACACUAUUAAAUAGUACCAAAUUUUCCUGUACACACAAUAUUAAAAACACAUUCAAAUCAGAAGCAUAGAUUUUAUAUAUUUACAUUUCUACAUAAUAUGGUGUCCGUAGUCUGUAUAGUGUCCGUUUAAAGUGAAAUACCGCUGCCAUAUUGGUUUUGCAAGAAAAAGAGCCACCAAAUCUUUAAACUGCUUAGUGCACCUUUACCUUUAAAGGAUAUUUAAGUGUUUAUUUGAAUGUCUUUGUGAGUUGAUAGUCUGUCUGUUUUGUGUUAGCUACAUUAGAUCCUACUAUGCUUGAAAUGUACCUUGCCUACCUAUCUAAUCUUGCUUAAUAAAAAACAUUUCCAUUUAUGGUACAGUUUGUAAGAGGCGUGUUGUAUCUCAAGUGAAUGCUGGAGAUGUAAUCGAUGUUGGUGAGAUUUAAACUCAU